AUGAAUUCUAGUGAACACCCGGUGGAGUCUAACAGGACAUUUCUAGGGAUAAGCGACUCCACGAAAACGGUACUGACUCUGCUGUACAGUCUGAUAACGGUCGUGGCAAUCGGCGGUAACGGAAUAGUUUGUUAUUUGGUGUUUGCCUACAAACGGAUGAGAACUGUACCGAAUUAUUUCAUCGUGAAUCUCGCUAUCAGCGAUAUGCUCAUGGCUGUCUUUUGUAUCCCCUUUACAUUUGUGGCCAAUCUACUUCUGGAACACUGGCCGUUCGGAACUUUGAUGUGCCCGGUGGUGACGUACUUACAGGUGGUGGCCGUGUUUCUGAGCGCGUACACCCUGGUGGCAAUGGGGGUGGAUCGUUACAUCGCCGUAGUGCACCCGUUCAUGGGACGGAUCACUCCCAAACAGGCAGCGGCGGUGAUCACUGGAAUCUGGGUGCUGUCCGUCUCCAUCCCCCUGCCCACCCUGACUCAGUCGCGGCUGGUCACCAUCGGACAGAACAACACGACGGGCAUGUGCCUAGAGCACUGGGAUGACCAGACCACACGUUACAUCUACAGCCUCUUCAUCAUGGCCCUGCACUACUUCGGCCCUCUCACUCUACUCACAUUCUCCUAUGCCCGCAUUUGCUACAUGAUGUGGAUAAAGAAUCCCGACUGUGAAGGCAACACUUCCAAUAAGUUUCAACUGGCACCCUCUAAAACCAAGUUAAUCAAGAUGAUGAUCACUGUGGUCGUGUUCUACGCUCUGUGUUGGCUGCCUUUACACAUUAUCACUCUGGUAGGGGACCACGACCCCAGCAUUUACGACAGUAAACAUGUACCCAUCCUCUGGAUAUUUAGCCACUGGUUGGCAAUGAGUAACAGUUGUUAUAAUCCUAUUAUAUACUUGUGGAUGAGUCCGAAAUUCAGAGCGGGCUUAAAACUGUUUCUACAGGCGUGUUGUGUGACUAAAUCUCGGCAGUACGGCUCGAGCGUGAAGAAGACUGGUCCGACCCUGUACGAGUUCCGAUUGCGGACAAUUCGCGGUCGCUGGGGGCAAACUGGAGCAGUCCGACAGGUCGUGCUGCAUCCUCAGGCCGCUAGUCUGAGGAGGAACAUUGCUCAAUGA